UAAGCCGUCCAGAAACCCAAGGCAUGUGAAUUGCUCUCUCUAUCUCUCUCUUUCUCCCCCACACAUAUCUUCCCCGUCGCCAUUUUCUGUUGGUUGCAGAGAAUGGCUUUCUCCGUUCAUCAUCACUCUCUCUGCCCACUCCCAUCUUCCCCACCAGCCACCAAGCAACCCCAAUUCAGGAAAGGCCUCUCUCUUCUCCUAAAAACAGGGCGAGGAUUCAAACUGGCCGCUACGAGCAGCUCUUUGCGUGACGUCUCACAGUUCGCCGUGGGCGAGGACUUGCCGGCGGAUUACGGAGAGUGGUACCCCCGGAAGGAUCCUAAGGACCGCAGAAGGGCCGGCAUCUUGCUUCAUCCUAGCUCCCUGACGGGCCCCCAUGGCAUUGGCGAUCUCGGCUCCGAGGCGUUCCGCUUCUUGGAUUGGCUGCAUUCCACUGGUUGCUCGGUCUGGCAGGUACUCCCUCUUGUUCCACCGGGCAGGAAAGGUGGUGAAGAUGGGUCUCCGUAUGCAGGCCAGGAUGCAAACUGUGGUAAUACGCUUCUUAUUUCUCUGGAAGAACUUGUCAAGGAUGGGUUACUGAAGGAGGAAGAACUCCCAGAACCAAUGGAUGAAGAAUAUGUGCGAUUUGCAGAUGUUGCUGAUGUAAAAGAUCCAUUGAUUGCAAAGGCUGCAGAAAGGCUUGUUUUAGGUGAUGGAGAACUGAAAAAGCAAUUUGAAGCCUUCCGAAAAGCACCAGAAAUUUCAGGUUGGAUUGAGGAUGCAGCUCUUUUCGCAGCCAUUGACAAUACUCUCAAUACAUUGACUUGGUAUGAAUGGCCUGAACCUUUGAAGGAUCGUCAUCUUGUAGCCUUAGAAGAAAUUUACCAAACACACAAAAAAUUUAUAGAUAUAUUUAUCGCUCAGCAGUUUUUGUUUCAAAGGCAAUGGCAAGCAGUUCAUCAAUAUGCCAAAUCCAAAGGGAUUUCCAUCAUGGGCGACAUGCCAAUUUAUGUAGGUUACCAUAGUGCAGAUGUUUGGGCAAACAAAAGAAAAUUUUUGCUGAACAGGAAAGGAUUUCCUCUUCUUGUUAGUGGUGUGCCUCCUGAUGCAUUCAGUGAAACUGGCCAACUUUGGGGCAGUCCUUUAUAUGACUGGCAAGCAAUGGAAAAGGAUGGUUUCACUUGGUGGAUACAGCGAAUAGAGCGCGCAUAUGAUCUUUUUGAUGAAUUUCGGAUCGAUCAUUUUCGGGGAUUUGCUGGAUACUGGGCCGUUCCUUCUGAAGCCAAGAUUGCAUUGGCUGGAACCUGGAAGGCUGGACCAAGAGAAGCCUUAUUUGAAGCAAUAGCCAAUGCAAUUGGAGAUAUCAGUAUAAUUGCUGAAGACUUGGGGGUAAUCACCGAGGAUGUUGUUAAGUUGAGGAAAGCGAUUGGGGCUCCCGGAAUGGCUGUUCUUCAAUUUGCUUUUGGAAGUAGAUCAGAUAAUCCACACCUGCCUCAUAAUCAUGAAGUCAAUCAAGUUGUAUACACUGGAACUCAUGAUAAUGACACGGCUGUUGGCUGGUGGGAGAACUUGGGAGAAAAUGAGAAGUCAAACGUACGGAAAUACCUUCACCUAACUGAAGAGAGUCACAGCUCAUGGGCAUUAAUGGAAGCUGCUGUAUCAUCAGUUGCACGAACUGUCAUAAUACCCAUGCAAGAUGUCCUUGAACUUGAUAAUUCAGCAAGGAUGAAUACACCAGCCACACAGUUUGGGAACUGGCGCUGGAGGAUGAGCAGCUCAAGGAAUUUUGACAAAUUAGAAUCUGAAGCAAGGAAACUAAGUGAUAUGCUCUCAAUGUACAACAGGCUGUGAAAUGAACCUGUACUAUAGCCAGUUAAAGCUAAUAAUUCAGAACGUCCAACAUGCAUCUGUAGCAGCUGCUGUCACUUCUUUAAGCAACUUUGGAUUCCGGGUGAGCAGGGACCACUUCUUUGAGCUAUUUCCUUCCAGGGAUAUGCAUGCAGUUCAAGAAGUGAACUCAUUUUUGUAGAAUAAGAGUUUCCCUUCUCUGCCACGUUCUGCAUGUAAAAAUAAUUCAAGUGAAUGACUAAGAAGUCAUGAUAAGGUUAUUCCCUUGAACAUGAAUAAAUAUAUCUUGAUGAUGACCAGUUGAAUUAAGAUGGCCACACUUUGAUAUUGAUGCAAAGAAUGAGUCUUUUCUUCUUACUUU